GGCUUUUCAAUUCCUGGAUGGCAGCAGCGUGCUAAUCCAACCUUCAUCCUGGAUUUCGCAAAGUAAAACAAGGGAGGCUGGCAAGAAGACAGCUUGAGGAAAUUGACGACGGCAGGCCUGGUGAGCAGUAGGCUGUAUAAAGGCUCAAAAAACUGCAAGCUGAUCUCCCAGCUACUACUUCUGGUCCUUCACUGCUACGUCCCAGCAGCAGCAGAAGACCUCAGAGCUAAAUUUCUCAACCUGCUCUUCUGCAGUGGAAACCGUGCACCUAGCACCAAAAGACAUGAAUCGUUUUUUGGUCUUCACUCUCUUUUUGGUACCCACGAAUGCUGGACCUACUUGGAGUACCAAGUAUGCUGUGGACUGCCCCGAGUCCUGCAACAGCAGUGAAUGCAAAAGCCUGGUGCACUGUAAGAAGCAGGUGUUGGAUGACUGCGGCUGCUGCAGAGUCUGUGCUGCGGCCUUGGGAGAGACGUGCUACCGGACCGUCGCAGGGAUGGACGGCGUGAAAUGCGGCCCCGGAUUGAAGUGCCAGUUUUUUUCCGAAGAGGAUGAUUUUGGUGACGAGUUCGGUAUCUGCAAAGGUAAAGGACAGUCGCUCGAUAAAACUGCCAGUCAUGACAAUUAGGAUGAUACUACUCUCCAUGUGUAGUGGCUGGUGAUUUCAUCCAGAAAUACACAAUUAGUACUCUUUAUUUUAAAAGCAACAGCAACACCCAUCCACAUUUGAAUUAUCCUGGCAUAGCAAAAGCCUCUCUGAGAUGGAGACAGACACAUAUGGUUAUUUAUUGCUAAAUCAAUAUUAUGUCUAGUGCUUUCAUUUCACAGUUUGGUAAGGUAGGUUGUAAUUUCUAUGUUUUGCAAAUGGAGGCUGAGGCAGGGUUGCUUGAGGCUGCCAGUGAAAUCUAUGGCUGAGGUAGGUCUUAAACCUAACCAACUCUUAUGUUGGCCCCGUACCUUCCAGAAACUAUCCAGGGCUUAUCCAUUUGGAAAAGGACACUUUUAUCAGGAACAACAUUUAGUGAUUGACUGGGAGAGAUGCACAGAGCGAAAAUCUCUCAGGAGGGUGGUCCUAGGUGAAGAUGUCCGACCAGGAGCAUAGAUGACCAAGAGAACGUAGCCUGCACUCCACAACAGGAGUUGUGGUACAAAAGAUUUGUGGGGUGAAGAUACAGGGUGAUAUUCAACGUUAGUCAUACUCAAACCCGUUGAAAUUAAUGGGCACGACUAAUUUAGGUUGAUUAAUGCCAAUGAGUCUACUCAGAAUCACAUUGAAUUGGAUGCAAUCUGUUUUCUUGAACCAGAAAAAGCUAUCCCAGGUGUGCAGAGCUUCCAUAGCAUCAAGAGGGGUGCUGUGAGCCUUCAUAUCCCUGCAGGUGCCUCUCCCCCCCUCCCCAGCACCUAACAGGUGCUUUGUACUGUCAGAGAUACAGCCCUUCUUGGCACCAACUUUGUUAGAAGCAAUGUACAUACUUUGUCAGAUAAAGGUAAUACAAUUUUUGACUGUUCCGCUUCAGACUGCCCAUGAGGUGUGAAUGAACUUUUUUAAAAAAAAAAUGCUGAGUGCCGUCUCAUAUUAAAAUGUUAAACCUUUUUCUCUAAUGAACUAGUUUGAUACUAGUUUGACAUAUAUGGGCAGAAUCUUUUUUUCCUUUCCUUUCUCUUUUAUUGUUUUUAUAUUCCAUCCUUUUCUCCAAGGAGCUCAAAAUAGCAUAAAUGGUUCUGCCCCUCUUCUUUUAAUCCCCACAACAGCCCUUUGAGGUAGGUUAGGCUGAGAGGCAGUGACUGGCCCAAGUGAGCUUCAUGAUGAAAUGUGGAUUUGAACCCUGGUCUCUCAGGCCCUCUCAGACACUCUAACCACUAUAAUAUACAGGGAGCUCAUUUAAAAAUUGCAUUCUCCCAUCUCCAGUCUGAAAUUGCAUACACUAGUCCAUCCUACCACUUUUACUCUGCUUAAUAUGUAACCUAAUAUACAGAUUGUUAGGUGCCUGGAAAUGUACAGAAGUAUAGUGUUCUGAUCAAAGGAAGUCAUGGUACAGCUGUGUUCUGACUUGGUGAGAUCACACCUGUGCCACAAUUUAUGAAGGAUAUUGACAAGCUGGAACACGUGCAGAGGAGGGCAACCAAGAUGAUCAAGGGUCUGGAAACCAAGCCCUAUGAUGUAUGGUUGAAGGAACUUGGUAUAUUUAGCAUGGUAAAGGGGAGAUGUGAUAGCCAUCUUCAAAUAACUAAAAGCCUGUCACAUGGAGGAUGGAGCAAGCUGCGACCCAAACCAAUGGUUUCAAGUUAUAAGGAAGGAGACUCCAACUAAACGUCAGGAAGAACUUUCUGAGAGAAAGAGAUUGGAUGGCCAUUGACAGUUGAGAUUCUUGCAGUGUCAGGGGUUUGGACUAGAUGACUCUAUAGGUCUUUUCCAAUUCUAUGAUUCUAUGAAAAUGUACAUGUCCUUAUGGUUUCUGCCCAGGGGGUAAUAGCUUUUGGAAGCCGGGUUUUGGAUUCCUCAAAGCUGGCUGCUAAAAAAAGACAUUAUUAUUUAUAGGAUUCUGAUGGCCUAAGUGAUUUGAAACGCAGGUUAGCAUGCUUGCACAUGAGCCAAUAUAGACAGUGCAGGAAGGCAGGUCAUUCCCAGGUAAGUAUACUUAGGACUGCAAGGACUGCAUCCUUAAAGUCUAGACAUAUUCCCUGGGAGUUACCGUAAUCUCAUUUGAUGUUCUCAGCACUCUCUUUGCACUAAAAGUGCACCCAUUGUGCAUUUAAAGCCCAUGGCUCUCCCUUAAAGACUUCUGGGAACUGUAGUUUAUUAAGGAUGCUGUGAACUGUAGCUCUAUGAGGGUGGAACUAGAUUCCCAGGAAUGGUUCUUCGGGGAACCAUUUGCUUUAAAUGUGCAUCAGUAUGCUUUAAAUGUACGCUGCAGAUCGUAAUUCAGUGGAAACAUGAUCACUGAUAGUGAACUUAUGUUAUAACUGGCACUAUCAGUACGCCAGACCAGGGGUGCCAACUUGAAUAAAAUAUUGUGGGGGCCCAGGUAAGCCCCACCCUGCAAAAUUGAUCACAUGACGCAGUGCACAAGCACCAUUUGAAUGGGAAUGCCCAUCAACUUUGCGGCGGCCCAGCCCCCUCAAAUAUUUUGUUGUGGGGGACCGAAAGCCUCAUGGUCUCUAGGAGUGGUCUCUUUGCACCAGAGGCUUGGGAGAAUCCAAAGUUUAUAGAACUGCAACAACAACAACAUUGGACUACUGACUGAGGGGUGGGGGGAAUGGAAUGGCGUGUCUAGUAAUCUGAAUAGGAUCACUGGGCAUGACAACAUUAUGUUGCAGGUCCCAUGCAUUUACUUAGGUGCUUAGGCUUGCAGGCUUACGUUUUGAUCCAAUGGGGAACGAGAACCUUCCUGUAAAAUAAGCUUCAAACCAGCUAAUCACCUGUUUGAAAGAGGCUGGGAGUCAGAGGAGGUGCUGCAGUCAGUUUCCCACACUUUUUCCCAAGCAGCCUGAUUACAGCUUAUUAAAGAGCUACGCAAGAGCAGCCUGGAAUGGGUUGUGUGGGACCCUGAAAAGGUUCACAUGCAAGAAUUCCUCACCCAUCUACGAAAGCAUGUCCCUGUAGGUGAUGAGUCCUAGUUGGAAGGAGGUACUUGAGUGGUUUCUUAGGCAAGGCUUAAAUGACUUUUGAGGUUGCUUCCAGAGUCCAGACAGCCUGUUCACUGCUCAUUUCUCCUAAUUUGUUUGCAGGGAGAUUAGAGAAUCUUUGGAGAUUUAUUGAGCAUUCACUCUGAUAUGUUUGCAGGGAGGUUAUGGGGCGUUGCAUCAAGCACAUGUUUUCUCAUGCACUUCCAUGCAUUCCUGCCCCCAUCACUUUUUUUAUAACAAAUAGUUUGGGGGUUUUUGGGGUGGGGGGAAUAGGGGGCAGCUAUGUUGUGAAAGACCUCCCAACCAACUUGAAUUGCAUCCCUGAAUUUGCCAGUAAGUGAAUGAAUCCCACUCAAAAAUAGCAACUGCCUGGAAGCCCCCUGAGUCUCCCUUGCACAAUAUAUAUGGUGGUGCGAUCACUGCAAGUGAAGAGUAAUUAGAAGAGAUUCAUAGGAGUACAAUUCUUAUGUGUGUUUUAGCCAAUGGAGAUUUUAUGUUUGCAUUUCAAAUGGAUGUAAAUGAAAACCCGCUUCACGGCCUGCUUUCAUUUCAGGAGCGUGGAAUUGCUUUCUGCUGCUGCGUCAAAGCAGCAUCCAACAUCUUGCAAGGGGACUGACCUUUUAGUUGUCUUCCUGGCACAUUAUCAAGCUUUAAAUAUGUAGUGGUUAGUGUCAGACUUUGGCUGGGGUGUGGGGAUAUGGCUUCAGAUCUCCACUCAGCUACAAAGCUCACUGGGUAACUUGGGGCCGUCACUAUUUGUGGUAAGAAGGAAAGGCCAUCUUGUAAUAUUUGCUUUUUCAUUUCCUGUUCCAUUCACACCAAAACAGCCUCUGUCAGUAAACCAUGGCAUCCAGCUUCGCUUGUUUAGUCCACUGCUUAAAUGCUAUAGUCCAGCAUAGCAAAUGGGAGAGGGCAGUGCGGUUCUGUGGCACUUACCAUCUAAAACUCCCAAAAAUAUUCAGUAGAUAAAAACGCUAAUGCAGAUCAUAUAGAGGACCAUAGGCAACGUUCUGUAUUAUAAUACAGAGAGAGAAAACCAUACUGCUACAGGAGUCCUGAUCUGGUGGGUGAUGGGGGAAAGCCCUAGAUAGGGCUGCUGGACAAAGGCAUUUUCCUGCCUGAGGUACAGCAUCAAAAAGCAACACCCUCCCUCCCCAAAAAGCCAAAAUACAAGGGACCUAAACCUGGCAAAUAUUUUGGCAAUUUAGGCAGAAUAUCCCACAAGCAGCUUUCCUUUGCCUUGGCAGCAGCAAUUCAAUCACAACAAAGCUCGCUAACCUAAUAAAUCUAAUAAAUAACGUAACAAUUUGUUACUUCAUGACACGGCAGAGAUAACUGUUUAAUUCCAACCAGUUUAUCUCUAGCUAGCAGCCUUUGUUCCUCCUUAUUAUAUAUUUUUAGAAGAUUGAAAUCUGUGUUUAGCCUUCAGGAAAGGCAAAGGAAACAAUUUAACUGAACAUAUCUUUGCAAGUAAUAAAGUAAUAUUAUUAACAUGCUUGCAACUGUGGAAAAUAUAUGAAGAUAUCUAAACACAUGUUGGCAUUGUUGCUUUUUGCUUCUCGAAUUGCUUUCAUAUUGCUUUUCAAAUUGUUUUAUUAUGAAGAUCUUUGAAUCAUUAAGGGGGGGGAGAGAAGUGAAGUUCAAGGUAUAUAAUCAGAGUCUUCCAUAUCAUAGAAUCAUAGAAUUGUAGAACUGGAAAGUCUCCAAAGGGUCAUCUAGUCCAACCCCCUGUGAUUCAUAAUAGAUUCACUGCUGUUUCUUUUUCUGUCUUCCAGAGUGUCCGUAUGGGACCUAUGGACUGGAGUGCCGAAGAACCUGCAACUGCCAGUCUGGCAUAUGCGACAGAGUAACUGGGAAAUGUCUGAAAUUUUCAUUUUUCCAACUGGCUGCAUCAAAGCCCCCCAGCAGACUAAAGCUAAUUCCACAUGCAGGUAUGUGUUAAUUUCUCAAAGCAGGAAUGGGGAAACUGGUCCCUGCAGACGUUGUUGGACUCCACCUCUUGUCUGUUCCAGCCGGCAUAGACAACAGCCAAUAAUGAUGAGAGUUGUAGCGCAACCAUGUCUGGAGGUUCCCAUCCAAGCAGUAGAGCAUCCUCCUGUGGAAGUGUGUUGAAUGAACAGGAGCUGUGCAUGAGCACCAUGGCACUAUGCAGGGGAGCUUUCUGAUAGGAGCAUCUGAGCAUAGGAAACUGCCUUAUACCAAGUCAGAUCAAUGGCCAUCUAUGUUGACCGGCAAUAGUUCUCCAGGGUUUCAGACAGAAGACCCCCGCUGGAGAAACCAGGGGAUGAACCUGUGGGCUUUCUGCAUCUGUUGGCCGGCAAGACUCCUUGCUGCCUUUGUCCCAAGAGAUUAACAUAGUUGUGCUUUGGAGAUCCAUAACACCCAGUCAUCAGACUACACAACCACAUGCACCUCUCCAGGGCUGCAUGUGCAAGUAACUUACUUUGCAUGCACAGCCUUGUUGAAGGGCAUGGGUAGGCAACCUAAGGCCCAGGGGCCAGAUGCGGCCCAAUCAUCUUCUCAAUCCGGCCUGGGGACGGUCUGGGAAUCAGUGUGUUUUUACAUGAGUAGAAUGUGUCCUUUUAUUUAAAAUGCAUCUCUGGGUUAUUUGUGGGGCUUAGGAAUUCAUUCAUUUUAUUUUUUUUAAAUAGUCCGCCCCCCCACAAGGUCUGAGGGACAGUGGUGCUGCUGAAAAAGUUUGCUGACCCCUGUUGAAGGGCAUAGAAUCAUAGAGUCAUUGAAUUGUAGAGUUGGAAGGGACCCCUGAGGCAGAUUGGUUAGAUCAGUGCUUCCCAAACUUUGGUCUCCAGCUGUUUUUGGACUACAAUUCCCUGACCACUGGUCUUGCUGGCUAGGGAUGAUGGGAGUUGUAGUCCAAAAACAGCUGGAGACCCAAGUUUGGGUUAGAUCUAUGUAUGGUAGUGGGAGAUAUUGCACAGAAUGAUGUCCAGAUGCAUUGUUAAGCUGAAGACUAGAAGAGGAUGGAGGGACAAGGUCUCCAUGAUUGUAGCCAUGAUAUUUAAAUAUCUUCUAGAUCUGGUGUGCAGAACCUGUGGUCCUCCCCAUAUUGCUGAACUACAACUCCCAUCAUCCAUCGCCAUCGACCAUGCUUGCUGGGGCAGAUGGAGUUGUAGUUCAGCAGCAUCUGGAGGGCCAACGGUUCCCUGUUCUAGAUGAAGACACAAAGGAAUGGGGGGAAAUUAUUUAAUAAUCUUUCUCUAUUUUAAACUUUCAGAGAAUGACAUGGGAUCCGGUGAUGGCAAUUCUGUAAAAGAGGAUUUUGUCAAAGAAAAAGCCAUUAACUCUCCAAUAACGAAAUGGCUAAACCCUCGCUGAUAUUAGCCUAUAUAGGAAGGACUUUCAAAACUGAUGUGCUUUCUUCACAUUUAUAAUGAAUGUUCAGCAAUCUGCUCCAGCAAAGGAAAUAGUAAUGUGUAAUAAACAAAUAACCGAAUCCAGUCUGUAACUUCAAGAAAAGAGUAUAAGACUGUGUACAGUGUACAUGUUUUAAAGAACACAUCUUAAUUGUCAUUAGAAUACUAAAGUACAUUAUGAACUGUUGAAUGUAAACUUUUUUGAAAGGACACAUGAAUCUAGGAGUCAUCUCAAAUCUGCAAGCUCUACACAAAAUAUUCAUUCAUUUAAAACAUAGGAAUUCUAUGGUGACAGAAGUCCACCAAAGUUAGGAAAUGUAAAUUUUAUAGCUGAUAUCCUGGUAGACUGAUGAAUGUAAUAAAAGGGACUAAAAUCAGUAUUAAUUUUGAAUAUGAAGACUACAGUCUUACGCAUAUUGACAUGGAAGUAAGAGCCAUGGAAUUCAGUGAGACUUAUUUUUGUGUAAGCAUGCCUAGGAUCAGGCUGCACAGUCACUAUCCAAGACACAGCUAAACUUGCAGGCAGUUGAAUCCUGUGUAUGUUUACUUGGAGUUACAUGCUACUAUGUUCAAUGGGCCUUACUCUCUGGUAAGUGCGCAUUGCUGCCUUUACCCAAUUGAAAAUGUGUCCAUGCCCUUAGGUGCCCUUCGUUCAGUGUUAAAUGGUGGCUUAAAAUCACAUAUUUCAGUGAUAUAAAUCCCAUCAAAUUCAAUGGGAUUAAGGCCGCUUGUCUGCAGGAUUGCACCCUCAUAUUUUUAUUAGGUUCCUUUUACACAGGAAAGACCACCAGCUAACUUUCCACAGCUCAUAAUACACAUCUCAACUGUGACAAACCCAGGCAGAUUUACAGCAGUUUUAAACAGUGAUUCAACUGCUAAGUAGAUUAUAUGAGCUACUGAUUAUGUAAAAACACUAGAGCAAAUAUUGUAAAUAAUGCAUCUGUGGAAACAGAAUGAAGGAAGCUGGAAUUAAAAUGAACUUUCUGUAGGAGACGUGGAGUUUUUAUAAGAGGAAACUCUUACAGGUCAUCAAAGUAUAAAAAAUAAGUUAGGGGCAGCCCCUUAGGCCUCUUAAUGUAUUUAUUGGUGCUGAACCAAUUUUUCCCUGCUGCAGUAGACCAACAUUUAGACUGGCUUCAAUUUGUAAGGCUGAGUUGUCAGUCUGAAGACAGGAGUUCACAAUGGAAGCGCCAACACAAUCAGCAGCACAGAAAAGUGCAAACAAUUCCUGUGUAAGUCAAUGGAUCAUUUCGAAGCAAGUCAGAUUUGAGGCUCCUCCGGGAAAUUUUUAGUCAAAUAAAUGUGGUUUGGCAGGCAUAAUGAGAGAGUUUAUUUAAAUAGUGCUGUGAAUACUUUCAUGAAUUUAGUUCUUUUAUUGUUGCUCUUUGUCAGAUAUUUGUGACUAUGAUGGAUCUUUGAAUGUGCAUGUAAUAAGCUCAAUGUUUAUAAGUGUCUAUGUGUAUUAUUGCCCAAUAAAUCAGAUAGAAACA